CGACGAGAUCCGUGCGUGCGGUAGGGGCAGCCCUCGCUGUUCUCUCCGCGCGGCUGGACGGAGGAAUUAUGCAGCCCCCGGCCGAAAGGGCAGCUCUCCAUCUCUCAUGCCUAUCUCUCCCCAGCUUGUUGCUCUCCGCGCGGGCUGACGGAGGAUGUAGUUGGACUCCUCCCCAGCUGUCCGUGGAGCGGCCCACGGGACCUCGGAGAGUUUCCUUGCGCACACACGAAACCCGGCGAUCACGGCCGCACACUGCUGUGUCUCGUUGCGAGCGACGUGCUCAAGAACCAUCCAGCAAGCAGCGAACCGCUGCGCGUCGUGCGACACGGACUCGUCGGCAAGCAGCGGUCCGCCGCCCGCGCCGCCGCGGCGAAGAUGGCCAAGAAGAAGGCCGGCCCGCGCCUGCCCGCCUUCUCCCGGGGCGCGUCGUCCGCGAACCCCGACCGCGUCCCCGGACGCAAGGCGAACCGGUCCGGCGGCUCGCUCCGGGACAAGGCGACGAUCAAGCGCCUGAAGCUGUACACGGGCGGCAAGGUCAAGCGGGACAAGCAGGGCGUCGUGGUGGAGGGCGACCUCGCGCGGCGCGACCGCGCGGGCAACGCCGAGAUCACGGGCGCGACGGGCCGCGUGGCGCCCGACCGGCGCUGGUUCGGCAACACGCGGACCAUCAGACCGGAAGAACUGGACAAGUUCCGCCACGAGCUGCGCGAGGCGCGGCGCGACCCCUUCUCCGUCGUGCUCCACCGGAAGCGCGUGCCGACGGCCCUGGUCGAGGAGCCCUCGGACGCGCGGCCCGCGAAACUAAAGAGGGAGGAGCUCCUGGCCGCGGAGCCCUUCGAGCGCUCGGGGACGGCCCGGAAGCGGGUCCGGGGCGCCGCCGACUCGCUGGAGGCGCUCGCCGCGAAGGCGCGGCGGGCGGCCGACGCUUACGACGCCCGCCACGGCGGCGGCGCCGACGCGCGGGCCCGGAGCAGCGAGCAGGCCAAGAUCUUGGAAAGGGAGUCGACGGACGCGACCGGGCGCGACCUCUUCGCCAAGGGCCAGUCGCGGCGGAUCUGGGCCGAGCUCUAUAAGGUCCUGGACUGCUCGGACGUCGUCCUCCAUGUGGUGGAUGCGCGCGACCCGCCGGGCACGACGUGCGCGCGCGUCGUGUCUCACUUAAAGACGCAGGCGACGCACAAGCAUUUGGUCUUCGUGCUGAACAAGUGCGACCUCGUGCCGAACUGGUCGGUCAGGAGGUGGAUCGCCAUUUUAGGUGAGACGGCGCCGACGCUCGCCUUCCGCGCGUCGCAGACGAAGCCCUUCGGGAAGGGCGCGCUGAUCGAUGUUUUGAGGCAGUUCGCCCAUUUAAAAAGUGACGCGAAGCAGAUCAGCUGCGGCGUCGUCGGCUACCCGAACGUCGGCAAGUCGAGUGUGAUCAACGCGCUGCGCGCCAAGGCCGUUUGUAAAGUUGCGCCCGUGCCCGGGGAAACAAAAAUCUGGCAGUACGUCGCACUAACCAAACGCGUCAACCUCAUCGACUGCCCCGGCGUCGUUUAUAAUGAUGAUGAUAAUGAUGAGGCGGCGGCGGUCCUCAAGGGCGUGGUCCGGGCGGAGCGCCUGCCCGACCCUUCUGUGUAUAUCGCGUCUCUAUUGAGACGGUGCGACCCACAACAUAUUGUAAGGACCUACGACGUGCCCUUCGACGGGCUGGCGGGCGUGUCCGAGCAGGAGGACCACGCUCAAUCUAUGGCGUUCGUGGACGCGCUGGCGCGCAAGUCGGGGCGGCUGCGGAAGGGCGGCGAGGCCGACGCGCACACCGUCGCCGUGCAGCUCAUCAACGACUGGCAGCGGGGCAAGAUCCCGCACUUCGUCGCGCCGCCCGAGGACCCGAGUCGGCGCCCGUCGGGGGAGGGGGAGUAGGGCUUGUGCCAUUUCUCUUCCCUUGAUGGCUGACGCCUUUGCGACGUGAAUUCGGGUUUCCCCUUGUUUCUUGGGGCGGAGGAGCCCUGGUCUAUACUCGACACUGAGUCGACAGGGCCGCGGCGUCGUCUGACUCGUCUCAGACCCGUCUGCUCGGCGCCGUCACGGGCCCCAGCGCCCGCGGCGAUCACGCUCGAGCCGUGCUACGGGAAUAUAAUAUGUGACUAUCAUCAGCGACAUUUAACCAUCAUCUGACUUUGCACUGUACGCGCGCAGUCACUGUGUAUAACAUAUCCCGACGCCGGAAUAUGUUGAACAGAUGGAGGCUGUACAUCCACAUUACUUGGCGGGGCGGGGGGUGCAACAGAAGGGACAAGAGACAAGGGGCGGGGCGGGUGUGAUUUUCAGGGUAUGCUGACGGCGCGGCAGCGCUUCGCCGGCGUCCGCGCCCGCCCGGCGGCCGCGGCCCGCUUCCGCCCGGGGCGGCGCUUCGUCGCGGGCGUCACCGGCGGCGCCGACUUGCAGCGCGCGAGGCCCGGCGCGGCGAGCGGCGCGAACGUCGCCUCGGCCUCGUUCACGGGCGAGAGCGCGCGCCGCGGCGACGGUGGCGUCGACGGCGCGGUCGGCGCGGCGUCGCGCGCGGGCGCGUCGCCCGCGUCGAGCGCCGGCAGGUAGGGCAGCGCGACGCCGGCCGGCAGCGCGGCGAGGCGCGGCGCCGCCGGCGGGCGGCGCGGCGCCGGCGGGCAGGCGCGCGCCCCGCGCGGCGGCCGCCGGGGCUCGGGCCGCAGCGGGCGCGCGGCCGGCGCGGCUCGCAUGUUCUGCAUGUUAUGUUCGGACGGGCCCGAACCUCCCGCCGCAGCGCUAAUCUCUAGAAUGGCUGUCGACGUAGAAACCCGCGGGCUCAGGAGGCCCGGGGCUCGAUCGCUAGUGAUUUAGCUUUAGCUUUGUCUUAAUCUCUAGAGACUCUCCCGCCUCGAGCUAGCGGUCUGUAAGACACUAGCAAGCAUCGAGUUCCCAAAACGCCGCGUCGCGGUAAAUCUCGCCGCCCGAGCUCGCUCAAGCUUAUUUGAGGAAGCUCGGCUGAAACCGUCACGCGCUAAACGGCUCUUGACAAGGCAUAAAAAAAAUACCUCAGGACAGAGGAUAAAAAAUCGUACCUGGGGUCGCAGGAUUGCCCGGUCUACGAGCAUGUCAUGGGGGCCUACUUCGGCCGCGGUAGCACUGGCCCUCGCGACUCCCACGACGGCAACCUCCAAUUGUACCGCAAAGCGAUAUCUUUAGCCCACAUCGAGGGCUACGAGGAGUACUCGGGCUGGGAGGUCAUGGUCCUCAUGCGCGUCCCGGACCUCAAGACGCGCAUCGAGGGCGCGGAAGACGCGCAGACGCGCCAGGCCUACCUGAAGGUGCUCGAUUAUUUGGUGGAGAAUUCGGCCAUCGACCACGUCUUCUCGUCGGCUGUGGACCACCCGAAGAAUUGUUUCUUUGGUGCGCGACGGCGUCGAACGCGCCUUCGACUUGCCCCGGUUAAUCGCCCGUCCCCACGCCAUCGUCGAGAGACCUGCUCGACGGCGCUGCGGUUCUGGACUCUCGGGCGUACGUCUCUCGGGCCACGCGUUCACUGGGGUCACGUCCGCGCAGAGUGGGCGACGGUCAACAACUACUUCGGCGGCUUCUACAACCAGGCGGCCAAGCUCUUCCGCUACGGCCCGGAGGUCGAGGACGAGUCCAUCCGGUGGAUGGACGAGUGCAUUGACGCGGAGGGGAAGUGCCUCGCCUAGGCGCAGUUAUAACUACCUUGAACUUGAACUCUUGUAUUCCUAGGGGACCGUGACCUCGAUUCCGGUCAUAGACCACACUCGAUGCCGCACGACCGCGGCCGCGCGCCGAGUCGGAGAACGCCGCACCGCGCCACCACGCCGCUCGCACGCUUCACCGCACAUUCGCGGUCGGCGCGGCGUCCAAAACGAGGCGAUGCCGCGCGCGUCGAAUAACAUUGUGCGCCACCUCUAAAAAUGGCCGCCAAGUGGCCGCCGGCGUGAUCGCUGCUGGUCAGUUUCGAGUCGCGAUCGCCACGAGUAGGUCUCCCAGCACCUCGCGGUGUAGAGGUCUACCUCUCGGCGCGCCAGCCGCGACCUGACUUGGGCACGCCGCGUCGACGACACGCCCGCGCGGUAGAGCCGAGCUAAUGCUUUCAGAGUACCGUCGUAGGGUCGGCGCCGCGUCCUUCGACCUAUGCUUCCGUGGGAGCACGUGUAGCUCUCGCCCAUGGCGCGCCAUGGCAUUCGGCUACCGUGAGCGCGCGUCGACACUGCGCCGAACUAGUUUGGUCAAUCGCACACGUCGCUUUGCCGCGCGGACCGUUUGGACGCGCGCGACACUGUUGGUGUUGCGAGGCUGUGGGAGAGCACAGCUCCUCACCACCCAAAGCUCACGACAGCCAUCUUCUCGGACGUACGAGUGUUGCGGACAAAGUAAGGCUCACUUGGAGCUUCCCGCAGCAGUCGUUCAAUGCGCUAGGCCCACGCGUACGUACGAGGAGCUGCUGCACUGUUG